GUCCACGGAGGCGUCUCCAUCCUUUUGCGUCUGCUCCAUUCCUCGUACUUGCCUCGAUCUCUUUCAUCGGCAAGAAACAAACUGAUCUUGUCAGCGGACCGUCCUCGCGGUACUUUCCUGGAGAAGCAUAAAUUGAGAUGCUACCAUGAAUCAUGCGAUCUUUCUGGAUCAGCCGGUCAGGAUGAACCCUCGGCGCCAGUCCCGGCAAUACCAGGCGGAGUCUGAACCACUGCCGUCUUGGAUACCUCAUGAUUCUUCGACGAAAUCCCCACAGUCGUCGCUGUCGCCCUGGAUGCUGAGCAAGGAGUUUGAUGCGCCUUUGGCGUCGAGAUCUCCGUCAUCCUACGGUCUAGGGAUUUCUCCAUCGAUACUACCGCAUUCUCUGGAGCAAGAACAGCCCAUGGCAGAAGGUCCAGCGGCGUCAUCACCAUCUACAACGUUUGCACAUGAACCGUCUCCAAAAGUAGAUGCCAAGACUCCCACUGUCAAGCAAAGACGGACCACAAAAGCUGCUUGCUCAGCUUGUCGGAAACGCAAAGCAAAGUGUGAUGGCAAACGACCAACAUGCAGCUCUUGCACCGACCUGAAGCGAAAAUGCGAGUAUCUGGCCGAGGAAGGUAUUUCAAGCCAAGCAGCGUCCAGGAAGAGGCUAGAAGGCUACGCUACCGUGCUGAACCUGAUACGGAAGGCCAGCGCUGGAGACUGCAAAAACAUUCUGGACGACCUCCGAGGACCAAAGACAAUGGACAAAGGUGUCAACACUGUGCUUGAGAAGUGGCAGCAAUUCGGGACGAGCGAGACGCAUUGAGAUCCAGAAUAUCGUCUGCAAGCAAAAUAGCAAGCAUUAAUACACAUGGCUUUAUGACCCGACAUCCAAUCAAAGCGGUCACAUGCUACUCGAGUACGAACGCACCAAGUCCGAUUCCCGAUUCAGAUCACAACUGCCAAACCAAAGGAGAUGCGCAGACAAUGUCGAAACUUACGUCCAAGCUAUUCCUUUGAUUCGCUUGGAGUAACAGGAGACUGCGAUACACAACAUGACAUGCAGUCAAAUGCGAGCCCGGUAAUGUGCCGCCGAGCCUCAAGUACUUUGUCGACGCUUUCGAGCGGCAUCAUGUCCGGGGCGAAUAGCAACGGAAGC